CAAACAUCAUCGCCCAGUGGCUUAGCCUGCGCUGGGGCUAAAGAAAAAAGACCAACCCAUUAAAAAUAAGAAACUUUUGCUCGUUCAGCAGCACCAACUUGAUUGGGUGGGCCGAUGGUGUCACUGUGACUCGCAUCCGCGUUUCGUGCUAGCGCAGCCCCGUCCAGGACAGCGCCUUUGUCUGGCGCAGGAAAAAAUAGCCUAGCGUCGCCUUUAGUGGGUGUAUUCGUACUCGUACCUGCCAAUCCGCCUCUCCGCCAUUGGCUGCGCUGCCUCGCCUUGUUCUGUCCAAUUCGCCAAUCUUCACCCUCUUUCUCUUCUUCUACAUCCCUCGCAUUGGCUUCUCGCUUUCUUCCUUUUUUCUCGCCUGUCGCCCAGUAUCAUCUGUCAAUUUACAGCUGAACACGAAAAUUCGACAGAUUCAUCCUCACAACAAAUUGACGCCGCCCGACCCUUGAUGCCGUCCUUCGCCGCCCACGCUGCGAGGGCGUACCGAUUCGCUGCAGCAAUGGCCUCUGAAAUACCUGUCGAACUCGAGCCCUAUCGCGACGAUAUAGAGGCAGCCUCACCCGAUUCACCGCUACUGACGCCCAUACAAACGCAGCCGCGAUGGCUAGUCGAGUCGUCGUCUUCGGCUACCGCCCGCAUCAAGCGCCACGUCUCGUCCGUGGCUCGCUCUGUCGAAGAGUCACCGUGGCAGACAAAGUUCCUCAUCGCUAUCCUCUGCAUUACCGUCUUUUAUAUCCUCACUUGCCUCAUCCGCCGCUCGCCACUCUUCGCCUCGAAUCUCCCUACAACCACUACAGGACCGUAUAGCGUAGGCGCCGUCGACAUUGAAUACGCGCUCAAAGAACCCCGACGAACAAGCGAAACCGUCUUCUCCACAACAGGUCGACCGGCUUUUGAGCUAGAGACUGUCCUCUUUACUAUAUAUUAUCCCAUUACACCAGGCACAACAACAAACGUGCACCACCCAUGGAUAGCGAAGCCGCUCAGCGUCACCGCCCAAGGAUACGCCAGCUUUGCCCACCUCAACAACUUCAUCUUCCGACCCAUCUUCACCUUUCUCCUAUGGAUUAUAACCGCCCCCGUAUCCAUUCCCGCCCAAGUCGACGCUCCUCUCGCUCCUCCCCCGACCGCCGAGCGCGACACCUUUCCCGUCACAAUCUUCUCGCAUGGCAUGGCCUCGUCCAAGACCGACUACACCGCAUAUCUAUCCGAGCUGGCCUCGCAUGGCCACAUUGUCGCCGCCGUCGAGCACAGAGACGGCUCCUGCCCUGGCACCGUCAUUCGCCAGCUCAACCAACCCGACCGUAUCCUCCUCCACUUUAAAGAAUCCGACCUCGGCGGGAUCGAGACACUCCAGUUGAAAAAGGAGCAGCUCAACUUCCGCGAAGCCGAAGUCCUGGAGACAUACAACGUUCUUAAGUCCCUCCACCUCGGCAACGGCGACGACAUACACGCCAGCAACCCCCUAAAGGAAGGCGCCUGUCUCCCUGGCUUUGCCAACCGCCUAGACUUUGGCAACCUGACCAUGGCUGGCCACUCGUACGGCGCCACGCUCGCCAUGCAGGCCCUCGCCAACCCUAUUUUCAGAUCAGGCGUCAUUCUAGAUGCAGGCAAGGAGUCUGGCCGCCUCAACGAAGACAUCAACACCCCUAUUCUAGUCGUCAACUCCGAGUCGUGGUCCAGCAAGCCAGCCAUCUUCUUUGGCAAGCCUCACUUCUCUGUUGUCCGUAACAUCACUCUCAAAGCCCUCAACAACACCGGCAUCGCCUGGUUCCUUACCAGCAAGGGCACAGCCCAUCCUAGCGUUUCAGACGCACCACUUCUAGAACCGAUGCUGCUCAGCCUCAUCACAGGCUCUCGAUGGGACACCAAGGCUGCCAUUCGAAACUAUGCCAACGUCACCCUCGAGUUCCUGGAACAUAUUGAUACCGGCAAGACUGCUGGUAUUCUCGCCGAAAAGGUCACUCAUGAAGAAUACGGCCACUGGGUAAGCCCGGCCCGUAAGAGUGAGUUUCCAAAGGACCUCGGCUAUCUCUGGCAGGUUCAUGUCAGCCCUUCCUCCAGCUCGACAGAGCUGGCCUAAUAUCUUCCUAAUGACACCACAAAACAACUACUAUUCACGAUUAUUUAAUGAAUGCAUAGCAUAUAGCGCAUAGAGCCAGAGCGAUUUCAUAUACCUUUAUUUCCCUUC